CUUCUUGAAGUGGAGUCAGCUCAAUAUCUUGCUCCAUCUGCUUCAGAGACUUUUAUUGUCAAAAACACCGUUCACGUCACGCGCUCCCUGCUCUUCCAUAUUUCUCUUUCACGAAAUUAUCUGCGUUUUCCGAAGAUGUUUGACGAUCAAGAUCUGGGCUUCUUUGCCAAUUUUCUGGGGAUCUUCAUUUUCAUACUGGUGAUAGCCUACCACUUCGUGAUGGCUGACCCUAAAUUCGAAUAGACAUGACUCAUGAGGUUCAAAUUCAAUCAUUCUGAUAUGCCAGAAUCAACAUGUCACCAUACCUGAGGACGUUUUUGUUUUGGUUUUUUUUUCAGUUGAUGUAUGUUGACAAUGUGGUCUUAGCUGUGGGAUAAAUCCCUCCUUUUUCUGUAUUGCUACUAUUCAUAUACUUGGCUAGUUCACUAUAAAAGGUUAAAAUGCUUGUUUCUAAAGCAAUUUCCGGGUUU